CUAAAACACAAGACAAAUAUGGUGGUAAUCAGCUCAACGAUUUGAGAUAAGAAAGGCAAGAUUAUUGUCGGAAGGCAGUACAUCGACAUCUCCAAACUCAAGAUGGAGGAGUACAUCAAAACUUUCCCAAAACUCAUAGAGUCAGGGUCUCAAUGCACUUAUAUUGAUACUGACUCUGUUAGGUAUGUAUAUCUCCCGAUAGAUGACCUGUACUUGGUUCUGAUCACGAACAAAAUGUCUCAUAUUAUUGAAGACACUGAGAUUCUUCGGCAACUGCAUAAAAUUAUCUUAAAAAUAUGAAAUACAGGAAUAAAUGAGAAACAAGUAUCCAACCACGCAUUUGACCUGAUUCUCUCAUUUGAUGAUGUGAUCACAGUUAAUGGCUACAGAGACUCAGUCACUAUGUCUCAGUUGGAAGCCUAUCUCGAGAUGGACAGUACUGACGAAAAGAUGCAUAUGAAAAUGAGGAAGAUUCGUGAAAAAGAAGCUAAAGAAAUUGCUAGCAAGAAAAUGAAGGAAAUCAAAGAGAAAAACAAACUUGAAGCUAAAACAAGCAAAGACCAUGACAUAUCUGAGUCUUUUGACACUCCUGAGAAAGAGAGGAAGCCUACUUCUAAAUUCUCGAAAUUAGGUGGUGAUAAACAGCCUUUUGGAUCAGCCAGCAAGAGUACGAGCAAAGGAAUGCAACUCGGAAAGCCAAAGAAAAUUCAAGGUGCCAGUCAACUUGGGAAAGGAUUUGGAUUUGAUGAAGAUAAAUCAAGCUUUUUCACACCAAAAGAAGAAGAGAAGGAACCAGAACCAGAAGCACAAGAUGAAAAUACAAAGGUUGAUCUGACUAUUAAAGAGUCCAUCAAUUGAGAGGUCAACAAGUUUAGCGAAGUCUGAAAGUUUGUCAUAAAAGGAGAAGCCUCGUUUGAUAUUCCAGAAGAUAGUGAAAAAGUUACUCAAUUUGACUUUGGAACUCCAAAACCUGAAUAUUUUAAGCAGUUUAAGAUUCAUCCAGAUAUUGAUAAGGAACAAUUUAAGAAUGAUGGAGUUAUUGUUGCUAGUGAUCAGGAGAUUGGUUUUGCGCCUGGCUCAAGUCUCGGUGCAUUUAGGUACAAAAUCACUGAUGAAGUAGAGUCAUCUCUCCCAUUUGAGAUUAGCAUAUUCGCCACUAAGGCCGCUGGAGGUAAGCAAAAGAUAAGCCUUGAGCUUGAAUACCAAGAAGACACUGAUAAUGAGAAGAAGUCUGAGUUUUCUAAUAUUAAUAUAUUCAUUAAGGUCUCUGAUGAGCCGAAGCUGAUCAAAAUAGAUAAUAAUUCUACCUCUAAUUUGGAUAAUAAAUCUGGGAUGAUUUCAUGGAUGAUCUCUGCCCUGACAGAAGAGAGUAGUAAUUCCCUCCUACAGUUCUACACGACUACUGAAGAAAGCAUGCUAUUCCCACUGAUUGUGUCAUUUGAUUAUAAGGGAUCAGCUAAGUCUGUAUUCGAUAUUUAUUCAUAAGGUUUGUACAGCAG